AUGGCUUCUGCGACGGGAAUCCCACCAAAUGCCGCCGCGGCGCGCGGACAGAGUGAACAAGAGCCGCUUCUAGGCAGAAGAGGAGAUGCGAGCCAGAUGCAUGGACAGCCGCUCUACCAUAACCUGUGGAUUGCCAUCCAAGCAGCCCUCGUCCUCCAACCAACCCACACCCCCGAACAAAAGCGCGCCGGCACCCUCGCCCACUUCCUCUUCCACGCGCUCGGCGCCUCCGCCCUCACCGCCGGCCUCAUCAUCAUCGAAAUGAACAAAGCCGGCCCGGGUCACGAACACUUUGAAUCCGCGCACGCGCGCCUCGGCCUUACCUUUUAUAUCCUCGUAUACAUCCAGGCGAUUGUGGGGUUCACGCAGUAUUAUGUGCCGCAGCUUUAUGGCAGCGUGGAGAACGCGAAGAGUAUUUACAAGUAUCAUAGGGUGGCUGGGUAUGUCAUUGCGGUGCUGGGGCUUGCGACGAUUUGCGCGGCGACGUGGACGACGUAUAAUUUGAACUUGGCGCAUGUGCAGCAUUGGGCUGUUAUUGUUGCGAGUGUGUUAGUGUUGGUGGGGGUUGUGCCGAGGAUUCGGUUGAGUAAGUUUGGGUUGAAGAGGGAGGAGGGAGAGGUGAGGUUGCAGUAG